UCCAUGCCUAUUGUUCCGUUUUCGUUACUUUUUUGAGAGAGAAAAAAAGAAAAGCAAAAGAAUUCAGCUUUUUUUGUGUUCGUUUAUUGAAGAAGAAGAAGAAGAAGAAGACAAAUUACCGUAACGUUCGCACUACAUGGUGCAGAGCGUGAAUGUGGAUCCGGAUCGGGAAUCUGAACCGUUCGUUGAACUUGACCCGACUGGUCGAUACGGGCGAUACGACGAGCUAUUAGGUUAUGGAGCUGUUAAAAAAGUAUACAGAGCAUUUGAUCAAGAAGAAGGUAUUGAAGUAGCUUGGAAUCAGGUGAAAUUACGUCAUUUUAUGUCCGAUCAACCGGUUAUAGACCGGUUAUAUUCGGAGGUUCGUUUGUUGAAAACACUAAAACAUAAGAAUAUAAUUGCAUUGUAUUCUGUUUGGAGGGAUGAGAAUCGCAACACUUUGAAUUUUAUUACUGAGGUUUGUACUUCAGGGAAUUUGAGAGAGUAUAGGAAUAAACAUAAACAUGUAUCCAUGAAGGCGUUGAAGAAGUGGUCUAAACAGAUUCUUAAGGGAUUGGAUUAUUUGCAUACACAUGAACCUUGUGUUAUUCAUAGAGAUCUCAAUUGCAGUAAUGUCUUCAUUAAUGGCAAUAUUGGUCAGGUCAAGAUUGGUGAUUUGGGUUUUGCAACAAUAGUAGGGAAGAGUCAUCAAGCGCAUUCCGUUCUUGGGACCCCAGAGUUCAUGGCACCGGAGUUGUAUGACGAGGAUUACACUGAGCUGAUUGAUAUCUACUCGUUCGGAAUGUGUGUUUUGGAGAUGGUGACUCUGGAAUUACCCUAUAGUGAAUGUGAUAAUGUGGUGAAGAUUUACAAAAAGGUAAUAUCCGGAGUGAGGCCUAAGGCCAUGGACAAGGUUAAAGAUCCCGUUGUCAAGGAGUUCAUUGAGAAGUGUCUUGCUCAACCUAGGGUUAGACCCUCUGCUUCUGAGCUCCUUCAAGAUCCUUUCUUUGAAGAUAUUAACGAUGAUGACGAAAACGAUGACGAAGAGUAUACUAGAAACAACUAUUGGUCUGCCUAGGUUAACCAUUGCUAGUAUUUGCUAGUAUUAGUUAGUAUAUUAGCUUUUGGUGUGGAGUUUUGGUGCUGAUUUGUGGCUAUAGGUUUUUGGCUUUUCUUCCAAAAAGAAGAAAAGAAUAUGGUUUUGCUUUUAUGAAAACUAUUGCAAAAGGAAAACAAUAGAAAGAGUGGAUUUUGGUGAAGUGAUUUGUACAUACAAUUGAUAUCAAAUACUAUUGGAAGAUUGAAAGUUGUCUUGAA